AUGAAGUUGCAGGGGUCCCUGGCCUGCCUCCUGCUGGCCCUGUGUCUGGGCAGCGGGGAGGCUGGCCCGCUGCAGGGUGGAGGGGGGAGCACUGGAACAAACGUUGGGGAGGCCAUCGGUCACGGAAUGGGAGAUGCCAUUAGCCAGGGGCUUGGGCAGGCCAUUGGCGAAAAGGCCGGAGGGGCAGCGGGCUCUGGAGUCAGGGAGGCCACGGGCCAUGGCGCGGCAGAUACUUUUAGCCAUAAGCUCGGGGAAACGGCCCAUGCUCUUGGAAACAGUGGGCGUGAGGCUGGCAGACAGGCUGGGAAUGUCCUUGAACACGGAGCAGAUGCUGCCCACAGCUCCUGGCAGGGGGUGCCCGGCAGCAGCGGUUCUUGGGUGAGUGCUGGGAAGCUGGGUUGAGGUGUGUUCUUGCAGGGAACAUCUGGAGGCCACGGCAUGGCCAAUCCCGGAGGUUCAGGGACUCCCUGGGGACAUGGAUACCCCGGAGGCCCAUCAGGCAGCUUUGGAACCAAUGUUCCUGGAGGAUCCUGGGGCCCAGGAAGCAACGGAGGGUCACCAGACUUUGGGACCAAUGCUCAGGGAGCCGUGGCCCAGCCUGGUUACGAUUCAACGAGAGGCAGCAGCCCGAAUACAGGGUGCACCAACCCCCCGCCGUCCGGCUCAGGAGGAAGCUCCAGCAACUCUGGGGGGAGCAGCAGCUCUCAGUCAGGCAGCGGCAGCGGCAGUGGCAGCGGCAGCAACAGUGGCAGCGGCAGCGGCAGUGGUGGCAGCAGCAACAGUGGCAGCGGCAGUGGCAGUGGUGGCAGCAGCUCUCAGUCAGGCAGCGGCAGUGGCAGUGGCAGCAGCAGUGGCAGCGGCAGUGGCAGCAGCAGCGGCAGCGGCAGUGGUGGCAGAGGCAGUCCGGGGAGGGACUGGGGGUCCAAUGGCGGCUCUUCCUCGGGCGGCGGCGGUGGAAAUAAACCCGAGGGAGCAAGCAGAGAGAGCAGUCACCUCCUGGGGGGCUCCCAAGGCAGUCAGCAGGGGCAAGGGUCCCGUGGGGACGGUGUAAGAGGUGAAGCUGUCAAUGGAGUCAAUACUGUGAACUCUGAGAUGUCUUCUGGGCCGUUCAACUUUGACACUUUCUGGAAGAAUUUUAAAUCCAAGCUGGGUUUCAUUAACUGGGAUGCUAUAAGCAAGAGCCAAAUGCCGCCCCCCAGCACGAGAGCCCUCCUCUACUUCCGCCGGCUCUGGGAGGAUUUCAAAAGCAACACUCCUUUCUUCAACUGGAAAACAAUUGUUGAGGGUGCAGAUGCGUCGUCGUCGCUACAGAAGAGGGCAGGUGGUGCUGAUCAGAACUACAAUCACAACCAGCAGGCCUAUCCCACUGGCUAUGGGUGGCAGUACACGGCCAAGGUCCCUGCUAAGGGAGGAGUCACGGCUUCUUCCUCGGCUUCCCGGGCGCAACCCAGCCUGCUGCACUGGUUGAAGUUUUGGUAGAAAACUAUUUCCCGUCACGACUGAGGCCUGAAAACACUGGUCGUC